UUCCACACAAACAGUAGUGUUUCAAAACAAUAUUUUUCAUUCCAAAUAAAUUGAUUUUUUUAUUUUUCGAAAUUGCGUAAAAAAAUAUUAAAUUGAUCUUAAAAAUUGAGCCAACAAAACAACGCUAUAAAGUUUUCGUUUUAUUAUAAAGUUACCGAUAUAUUGUUGGCUGUUUAUUUGCAAAUGUUUACCGGUAAAAUAAGAAAAUAAAAAGAGUUAUAAAAAAAUUGUAGAUAGUAGUAUGAGUAGCGGGUGGUUAAGAGCACCUGGAUUAAGUGUGUUGGUUGGUCUUGGCUGUUGCUGCUGCUGUGAUGUUGAUGUGUAAUGUGUAUACUAUAAUACAGCUGUAUAUAUAUAUAGCUAUAGGUAUAUUAAAUAUGCCAGACAGGUAUCCAAUCGCCUUACCUCGGCUCUUGUAGCCAUCUUGCGCGGCUCGGUUGUUGGUUGCUUUCCAAGUUUUGAUGUCGCGUGGUAGAACACGUAGUGGUGCAUGCCAGUGUACUGGCAUGACUGUACGAGUCAUGACUAGCGGCGCCGCAGGACGUACAUAAUUUUAUAAAAUGUUUUUAUUUUUAAAUUAUUAUGAUUCGUAAUUUUAUUAUUAAAAAAAAAUUGAUAAAUCAAAAUCAUCAAGCUUAAAUAAAUGAAAUAUUUAUUUAUAUUUUUUUCAUAUUAAAUUAUUGUCAACAAUUAAUUAUUUGGAAAACUUUAUAAAUGUGUUUACUGUUAUUAUAACAACUUGUUGAGCUAAAAAUUAUUAAAUGUGUCUUUUUAAAAAUAAAAUUCAAUUUAAACUUGAAUUAAAAAUAAAUAAACUUUUGUGAUUUCAGUUUGUUAAGUGGAUUUAUCAAGAAAAUGAAAAAAAAAGUGUUUAUUUAAUUGACAAUAUUAUUGCUAAAUUAUUGUCUGGAUGAAAAAUUUUCAAUUAUCUAUUCUUCGACAAAACAUAAUGUCCAAUAAAUAUAAAGUUUAACAAUACAACACCUCAGUGGCAUCCAGGAAGUCUUGAAGACCCAUCACUUGUUGGUUUAUUCGAAUUUCCGGUCAGUGACAUUUUCAUUAAAGACUAUGAUGUUUGAAAAUGGCCAAAACAAUGGGACUGCCACAUCAACAAAUAAAAUCACAGGACACUGUUGAUUAUCCAAUGUAUUUACAAUCAAAUCAAAAUCGUAAUAUCAUCAAUUCAACUGAUCAAUAUCAUCAUCAUCAGCAUAAUGUCAAUCAAAAACAGGAUAUUUUUGAUCACAAUGCAAGUUUUACAAGUACAAAAGGUUUAUUAAAUAGACCUGGACAAAAUAAUUGUUUUCUCAACAGUGCUGUACAGGUCUUGUGGCAUCUUGAUAUUUUCCGACGAAGUUUCAGAGAACUGUCAGGUCAUGCAUGCAUGCGAGAGUCCUGCAUCUUCUGUGCCCUCAAGGACCUGUUUUCGCAGCUGCAAUUCUCACAAGAGAGUGCACUACCACCCGAUGCUUUACGUCGUGCUCUAGCUGAGAGUUUUCUUGAUCAACAAAGAUUUCAACUAGGCUUUAUGGAUGAUGCAGCUGAGUGUUUCGAAAAUAUUUUGCUGAGAAUACACUUGCACAUUGCUAGUGGUGAAGCUGAAGACAUGUGUAGUGCAAGACACUGUGUACCACAUCAAAAAUUUGCUAUGACACUUGUAGAACAGAGUGUUUGUGGUGCUUGUGGUGCAACAUCAGAACCACUGCCUUUUACUCAGAUGGUACAUUAUGUUUCGGCAUCAGCUUUGACAUCUCAAGCAAGACAAACAUUAUCAACAAUGAAAAAUAGUCCAGAUCUUUUUGGACAAUUAUUGAGACGAGCUGGAGGAAUGGGUGACAUUCGAGAUUGUCCGAGUGCAUGUGGUGCAAAAAUUCAAAUAUGUCGAACAUUGAUGAAUAGACCAGAAAUAGUAUCAGUUGGUGUUGUUUGGGACAGUGAAAGACCAUCACUUGAACAUAUCAUGGAUGUAUUUGCAACAGUUGGUACGAGUCUAAAAUUAAGUGAUGUUUUUCAUAGUGUUGUUGAUUCACGAUGGGGUGCAUCAACUGUUCACAAUCUUGUUGGUGUUGUUACAUAUUAUGGCAAACAUUAUUCAACAUUUUUCUUUCAUACAAAAUUAAAGGUAUGGAUUUAUUUUGAUGAUGCUACUGUCAAAGAAAUUGGACCACGCUGGGAACAAGUUGUUGAAAAAUGUCGACGUGGACGUUAUCAGCCUUUAUUAUUAUUGUAUGCAACACCAGUUGGUACACCAGUUAAUACUGAUAAUGCUCCAAAAAUAGUAACACCAUUUCCAAAUGGUAAUAGUUUGAAAACACCACCAAAGAAUAAUCCAAGACGUUCAAUGACACCAAGUCCUGAAAAACCAACAAUAAAUAAUAAUACAGCAAGAAGAGCAAUAACUCCAAAUCCUGAUAGUCCAACACAUGUUUAUACCCAAAGAAGAAUAUACAGUGAUUAUCAAAAUGUAACUGAUAUACAAAAUAAUAUAUUUGGUAAUCAACAAAGUGUUGAUGCUGUUGAUGGUGAUAUUGAUGCAAAAUAUAUAAGUCGUCGUGCUGUUGAAAAUGUUAUGCAACAACAACAACAAAAAAAACAACAAAUGCAAUUAACAAGAAGUUUAAGUGCUGGUUCAACAUCAGGUGAUGGUAUUAAUAUUCCAGAUCAUUUAAAUGUACCAAGAAGACGUGAUUCUGGUAAUUGGUCUGGUGAUCGUAAUAGUGCAUCAUCAAGUUCAUCAACAACAAUGGAUAAUCCAUACAUGUAUAUUGUUAAUAAAAUGCAAAGAAAUACUGGUGUUCCAAAAAGUCCAACAAGUAAAUCUGGUGAAUUAUCAAGUAGUAGCAGUGGUCAUUAUGAUGCUGGUUAUGAUUCUUAUUCAUUAUCAUCAACAGAUAGUUUACCAUUACAACAAGGCUUAAAACAUAAUUUACAACUUGCCCAAAUACCAGAAGGUUAUCAUACAUCAACGUCUGGUAGUGGUGGUGAUGAUUGUGAACGUUUAUGUAAAGAAACUGAUGCAUUACUUGAUAAAUCAAGAGCUGCUGAGGAUGCUGGUGAUUUAGGUACAGCUGUUGCAUUGUGUAAUGCUGCAAGUAGUAAAGCACGUGCUGCAAUGGAUGCACCAUAUAAUAAUCCUCAUACAAUAACAAUUGCAAGAAUGAAACAUAAUACAUGUGUUAUGAGAUCAAGAAGUUUACACAGAAGAAUAUUACAAGAACAAGCUAUUGCAAAUGGUGAUAAAGAUGAAAGUUUACCAGAAGGUAAACAUUCAAGAGAAGGUAGUAAAUCAAGCCAACAUUCAAGACAAAAUUCACGUGAUAAAAGUGCUAAUCAUUCACGACAAAAUAGUCGUGAAUUGUUAACUAAUAUUCCAAUUGUUGUUGAUAAACCAACGACAAAAAGCAUUGAAAUUUAUGCAACAUUACCAAAAAAGAAAACCUUAAGAAGUAAAGCAACAACUGUUAAUGUUAUUGAAGAUGAAGAAUAUAUGCUUUAUGAUCGUCCAACACAAAGAACUGGUUUAUUUGGUCGUACAAAACGUUGUGAUGAUGAUAAAAAAGAUAAAAAACGUGCAAGAAGUGAAGAAAGAAAUAAAAAUAUAUCUAAAGAUUUUUCAAUAGCACCAACUACAAAAUCAAUAUUAUCAUUAAAAAAUUUAAAACCAGAAAAACAAGAAAAAAUUAAUAAUAAUGAUAAUAAAAAUAUACAAAAUACAACAACAGAACAAAAAGGUAAAAAACAACAUAAAAUAAGAAGAAAAUUAUUAAUGGGUGGUUUAAUAAAAAGAAAAAAUCGUAGUAUGCCUGAUCUUCGUGAUGGUGAAAAUGUACAACAACAACAGCAACAGCAACAACAACAAGUUGUGCAAAAUAAAGAAAUAAUAAAUACAUUACCAAAACAAACUGUUGAUGAUUCAAAUGUUGGUUUAAAAAUAAAUGAAACUGGACAAUUAUCAUUGAGUGGUUAUUUGUCGGAGGGCCAUUUAGAAUUUACUGGUAAUAAUACAAAUAAUAAUAAUAAUCAAAAUAGUACUAGUAAUCCAAAUCUUGAACGUAGUAGAUUAAUGAGCGGCGGGCUGGUAGCGUUACAAGCUAUGUUGAUGAAGUGAAUAUGCAUGAAGACAUAUACAGUAAAUGAUGGACAACAACAACAAUGUUCAACAAUAAUAAAUACUUCCCAGGAACAAAUGACAAAUGCAUAUUGGAGUCAUACAAGUCCAGUUAAUUAUAAUUCAACAGUACAAAAUUGUCGUAAUUAUGAUGAUUAUUCAAAAGAACCACAUUCAUUGCCAUUUUUACCAUCACAUAAUAAUGAUACUAGUAUUAAUUCAUCUUAUACAUCAUCAAAUCAAUUGUUAAAUAAUAAUAAUAUCAAUUAUAAUCCACCACCACAAAAGCCAAGAAUUCAAGAUGAUGUUGUGCAAUAUGCAAAUAGUAAUUUUUAUGAACCAACUUAUGUUGUUACACGUGCUGAUGUACAUAGUGAACAGAGUCCAGCUAAAAUACAACCAGAUAGUCUUCCACCUUAUCCAGAAAAUUCAAAUAUAUCACAUUCACGACAAACAAGUGAAGAUUUUCCACCACCACCAUCACCAUUAGAAGUUGAUAAUAAUAUUACAACAAUAACAUCACAAAUUGCACAAAAUACACAACAAAUUCAACAAGUACAACAAAUACAAAAUCAACAACGUCAACAACAAAUUGAAGCACAACAAAUAACAUCAUUAUUAGCACAAUUACAAUUAAAACGUGAACAAAUAUUGGCAUCUGAUUCAAAUGAUAAAAGAUCAAGUCAAUCUAGUGAAAUAACUGAAGAUGAUGAGACAAAUUCUAGUGAAACAUGGUUAAGAGAAUUACAAGCUAAACAAGCUGAAAGAAGAGCAAAAAAAAGUGGACCAUUAGAUGGACAAGAUGUUCCAAAGACUAUUGCACGAAGAACAAGUGAUUUAAUGAUGAAUAGUUUGGGACAAACUAUUGGUGUUGGACAUGAUGUUAUUGAUUGUCCACGUGUUGUUUCAUCUGUCAAAGAUAUGGCAGCAAGAUUUGAACAAAUUAAGCUACAACCAUCACCUAAAACUGAUGAAAGUAAAAAUCAAAAUGUAAUUCAAACAGAUGAUCCAUCAUCAUCUGUACAUGGAUAUUCAUCUGAAGUUAAUACAUCAAAUCAUGUACCAUUAUCAAGUGAAAAUUUAGCAGCAUUUGUUAAAUCAGAUGAUCAAUCAGUACUUAAUUCAAGCUUUGAAUCAAGCUCAAGUCAAAGUACUUUUAUAACUGCACCAUCAGUUGUUUCUGGUUGUCAACAAGAUAAUGGAUUGAAUGCUGCAAUUUUAUCAAUGUCAUUGACACUUCCACAUGAAAAUGGCUUACCAAUUGAUUAUCCAGAAGAUGAUAUUAGUGAAAUUGCUAUGCAAAAUACCAUUCAAAACACAACAAUACUUCCAAUUGAAGAAGAUAUUGCACCACAAAAACCAAAAAAUAGAACUGGAAAGAAAAAAAGUGUAUCGUUUUGUGAUCAAGUUGUUUUAGUUGCAACUGCUGAUGAAGAUGAAAAUGAUUCUUAUACACCAAAUCCAAUAUUAGAAAGAGUAUUAAGAUCAGCAAUGAAUAAACCAGAAACAGCUCAAGUACUAAGAGAAAUAAGAAGUCUUCAAGAGGCUGAAAUGAAUAGUAGUCCAGCUAUGAAAUUUCAACAGCAUACAUUGUCAUUAAAAGGUGAAGCUGAUAGUACACCAUCAACUCCAUUCCAGGAUCAAUUAAGAAGUGUCAAUCCAGUUACAAUUAAUGAAUCUUCAAGACCAAUUUCUACACGACUAAUGUCAAAUGAAUCUGCUGCUUUGAAUCAUGAUAUUUCAUUACAACAAAAUUAUCCAUCUAUUCAAAAUCAACAACAACAAAAAAUAUCAUAUUCACCUCAACUUCAACAACAAAUUCGUUAUUCACAAAAUGGUAUUGCACCAUAUAAUCAAACAUUAACAUCAUCAUCAUCAUCGUCAUCAUUACAACAAAAUUAUCCACAAACACAUACAUCACAUCCAAGAAAUCAAGGAAUUCCAAUUGGCCAAGUACAAAAACCAGCAAGUCCAUACACAGUACAAAUACCAAAUCCAUAUCAACAAGUUCCACAAUCACAACAACAGCAGCAGCAACAACAACAACUACAAAAACAACCAAUAAAUAAUAAUAAUAGUAACAACAUGAAUAAUAAUAAUAAUAUAUCAAAAAAUAAUUAUCCAGCUUAUUAUCAUGUGGAACAACAGUACAACCAGAUGAAUAAACAAAUGACUGGCCAAAUUCAAUCACAACAAAAUGGACAAAAUUCAAGAAUUUCAAGUGUCAAUUCAAGUCCAAUAACUGUUCAACAAAAUAAUCAACAAUUUGGAUAUCCAGCAAAUCAAUCACCAAAUCCUUAUCAACAGUAUGCUUCCAAUCAACAUUCACAAAAUUCUACAUACCAAGCAAGUUAUUCAUAUCAAAAUGGUGGACAACAAAAUCGUUUAAAUCAAACAUUACCACAGUAUCAACCACCACCAAAUCCAGCAAAUUAUCAACAACAACAACAAGCACAAUCACAACAACAACAACAAUCACAAAAUAAUCAACAAAUUCAAACACAACAAUAUCUACAACGUUCACAACAAAAAGUUGAACCACAAAAUGUACUUGCACCAAAUCAAACAUAUCCAAAUCAAUUACAAAAUGGACAAAUACAAUCAAAUAUGAAAUAUCCAAAUUAUCAACAUCCACCAAUUGUUAAACAUAAUAAUAAACCAAUACAUCCAAGUGUAAAACAACAACAACAACAAAAUGGUUUUGUACAAAUGACAGCACCAUUGGCCAUGCAAAAAUCAUCAUCAACUGGCACAAUGCCAAGAUCUGGACCAUGUCAUUUGUGUCGUAAAAAACAAGUUGCUGAACCAGCAAUGUAUUGUACUGAUUGUGAUUUUUAUAUGUCACGUUUUCGACCUAAAAAUUAAAUUUUAAAUUAACGCUCAUCAACACUUAAAUGUGGGCCAUUGAAUUGAUUGAUAUAUUUUUAUUUUUUCAUCAUUGAUUCAUUGGUGAUGAGGGCUGACUAGCUUUAUUAUAAAUUGCAUUUAUUUUAGAAAGUUUUUUCAAUUGAAAAAAAAACAAAAUA